AUGAUACAAAUAUUAUUAUCAACAUUUAUUAGUUUUAUAAUUAUUAUUGUUUCAAGUAAUGAUAUAAGGAGUGGAGAAAAUGAUAAUUUUAAUAAUAAUAAAAUGAUAAAUAAUUUUUUAACAACAAUAACAACAAAUGAUACAAUAAUAAUAAAAGAAACAGAAUCACCAAAUGAUUAUGAUUUUUCAAAGGAACAAAUUGAAUCAUUGGAUAAGAUUGUAUAUUUUUCAUCAACUAUGGGUAUAGUAGGAGCAUUAUUUAUAAUUGUAUCAUUUUUUUUAUUUAAAGCAGCUAGAACAUUUGCAACGAAAAUGAUAUUCUUUCUAAGUUUAUCAGAUUUAUUUGCAGCGAUAUUCUAUUUACCAUAUUAUCGUGAUAGUGAUAUAAUGUGUAAUCUUCAAGGUAUGGGUUUAGUAUUCUUUUUAUCAUCUUCUUACCUUUGGACAAUGUGUAUCUCAAUUAGUUUAUUCAUGGUUUUCUUUACAACUAUAUUCGAAUUAAAUCAUUGGUUCAAAUAUUUUCAUUUCAUUUGUUGGGGUAUACCUUUAUUCACUGCUAUAAUAUCUUUAAUUUUCCAUGCAUAUGGUAAAACUGGUUCUUGGUGUUUUAUAUCAGACCCAACUAGUAUUUUUAGAUUAUUAUAUUAUUUACCAUUAAUUGUAGUAUUUUUUAUAAAUUUAGUAGUAUUUAUUGCGAUUAGAUGGAAAAUAUCACAGCAUUCAAAUUCUUUGGUAUCAAGAGUUAAUAUAAUUGUAUCAUUUUAUUUAAUUGCUUUCUCAUUAUCUCAAUUACCAACUAUUAUUAAUAGUAUUCAAAAUUUUUCUGAUCCUGAUAAUCCUCAAUUCUCAUUAUUUGCAUUUCAAUUAUUAUUACAACCGCUUCAAGGAUUUUUAAAUUGUGUAGUUUAUGGAAUUAAUGAAGGAUUUAUUAAUCAUUAUGUUGAAUUUUUUGAAAAAUACAUUUUUAGAUGUAGAUGUAGAAAGAGUAGGGAAUUAAAAGAAAUUGAAUCUGAUAAAACAAGUUUAUUGGUAGAUUAUGAAAAUAGUGAUGAUGAAGAAGGUUUUGAUGGAAUGGAUAAAUUAAUUAUUGAUGAUUAUAAUAGAGUUUAA